AUGGAGGACAGUGUUGGUUGUCGUUCGAGAGGAAAUGGAAUAACCAUUACAGGAUGCCAUGCAACUAUUCACUCGUCACUUUCUUCCUCAUUAGUUCUUCUUCUCUUGGCGGCUGAACUACAUGCCGAUGACGAUUGUUACAAGUAUAGUAAACAAGAGUUCACAACGAUUAUUGAAUGCGAUCACGGAUGCGAGUAUGUGUACAAAACUAAAGAUAGUAAAAACCGGCGAAUAUCCGGUGGAUGUGCCGCCAUGGAGGACAGUGUUGGUUGUCGUUCGAGAGGAAAUGGAAUAACCGUAUGUGUCUGCCAUGGAGAUUACUGUAAUGCGAAAGGUUACGAGAUGGCUGGCGACAGCCAUUCAGAUGAACGCUGA